AUGGACAACGAUCUAAAAUUGGACGAAAUUCUGGACAAUUAUAGGGACAUUGGUCUAUUCCCCGUAGCUUAUGCAAUUUGUGAUGCUGAAAAUGAAGCUAAUUGGACUUGGUUUCUUGGCCUUCUAAAGAGUACAAUGUCCACUCGUCCUAUUACCUUUAUUACUGAUCGUAAUGCAGGUCUUGUCAACAACAUUCCUGUUAUGUUCCCCGGUUGUCAUCAUGCAUACUGUCUCUAUCACAUACAGUUUAACUUGAAGGAUCACUUCCCGGGACGGUUUAGAAAAGGUUUUCGGAACAGGCUCGUUGAAUUGUUCAACAAAUGUGCAUAUGCUUCAUCGGUGUCGGUUUACAAAGCUGCUGAGGAAGAUUUUUACCAAUUUGGCAGAGAUAAAGCUAGGACCUUUAUUGCGAGUGUCCCCAAAGAGCAUUGGAGUAACGCGUAUUUCGAAGGUCAACGGUAUGGUGAGAUGAGCUCUAGUGCUGUGGAGUCGUUUAAUAAUUGGAUUCUUAAAGCUCGAGAAAUGCCUGUAUUUUAUUUAGUUGAUGAGCUUCGUCGCAAAAUUAUGAGGCAAAUGGCUGCUAGGAGAGUAAAGUCGAUGAAAUGGAAUUCAGUGAUUUGUCCGAAGAUGGAUAAGAAGUUAGCUCACUUUAUCAAGAAAGGAAGGUCGUGGAGGAUCAUUAUGUCAAAUGGUGGUUUGUACGAGGUACGCUGUCGUAUCCCAAAGGUAGUAUCUGUUGAGGAAAGGACCUGCUCUUGUGGUAAUUGGCAAUCUACCGGUUUCAUGUGUAGGCAUGCUGCAACGGUUAUUAUAAAAGCUUGUGGAGGGGAAGGAAAUUUGGUGGACCAUAUGGAUCCGUUAUACCUUGUUGAUGCGUAUCGGCGUACAUAUGAAGAAUGUUGCGGCAAGGAGUGA